ACACUAUUUGUGCCAUUUCCUUCAUUAAUGCUCUCUGUCCCCAAUGAUACUUGUAUAUCAGAUUUGUUCCCUCUCCUGACAUGCAAAUAUCCAUCUCUACCAUCGUCACUUCAAUCGUCCCUGUCGUUCUCUACACAUGCAGGCCAUGUCCCUCCGCCAUCCACACUCAUCCACUCCCUCAACCCCACCUCAAAUCUUGUCACCCUUCACCUUACUCCCUCUCUUCUUGGCAGAAAGGGAGGCUUUGGGAGUCAGUUGUGUGCUGCUGGUGGGCGGAUGAGCAGUCAGAAGACCAGCAACAAUGACUUGUGUAGGGAUCUUACAGGAAGAAGGCUGAGUACCAUCAAAGAGGCCAAAAAGCUCGCAGAAUACCUGGAAACAGAGCCAGAGUGCCUUGUAGCAAAGGCGGAAGCUCAGAGGGCCAAACUCGAAGCACUCGAGUGGAAGCUUGGCAUUGAACCUUCCUCUUCCUCAAGCAAACUGGGAGAUCCAAACACCCCUCCUCCAACACUGGUGGGAAAGAAAUGUCAUUUUGACGAUACUGAGUAUCUGGAACAGAGCAGGGAACUGUCUGAAGGGGUUAUCGCAAGCAUA